AAUCAGGCCUACGACCCUAUUGUUUGCUCAGUCUCCUGGCAGAAGAAAAAUAUCCACAUGCCAGGCGCGGAAAUAACCGGGAAUAUCUAUGACUGCGCCAGAUCUUUCCUCACCGGUUAGACUACUCUGAAGGAAGUGUCUAUUUUUCAAUGCAAAUCAUCGAUGUAAUAUUAGGGCUAUGACGAAUAGGUAAGUAUAAGGGUUAUUCUCGUACUUACGCGUUCACUUAUAAGGGUUCACCUACCCAAAAUUUUUUUUUCGUUUCGGGGUUUCCCUGAUGUAGCUAUGCGACUCUGUAACAUGGGAACUUCAUGUGAGAUAUCCGGGGCGGAGUCCGUUCCUCAGGUUAAGGAUGCCUCGUUAUUCGGCCUCGAUUCGUUCCAAGACGGCCCUAAUCGUGUUGUAGAAACCGAUUCCCCAAGAGUUAUGAUUGAGGAAACGCUGACCCAUAAUACAUCUUUUCUAGACGCCAAUACUCCCAUAACAUACCUCUACCUGACCUUUGACACCGCGUUAGCACGCCCGAACCUGAGUAAUGGGGCCUUGGGCUACGAUGGCCUGCCAGCAUGCCCGGACCUUUCGCAAUAUGUGGAUCCAUUGGCCUGGCCUGCAAUACGCAAAGGGAUCAUGGUAACCAUCUCCUGCGUUGCUACCGGCUUUACGGCGUAUGCUGCGGGCGCGUACUCUCAGUGUGCAGACUUGAUUGCCGCAGAUGUUGGGAGCACCCACGAAGGCGCUCUUGUCGGCGUCACCACCUUUUGCCUUGGUUUCGCCAUCGCACCCAUGGUUCUCGCUCCCCUCUCGGAGGUCUAUGGGCGCUAUCCGAUCUUUGCCGUCGCCGGGCUCAUCUUCGUCGUCUCCCAGGCUGUAUGCGGUGUCGUGACCAAUUUGGCCGGGAUGCUGAUCGCCCGAUUCUUCACGGGGGUCGGCGGCAGCGUAUUCAGCACCAUGGUUGGCGGGGUUAUCGCUGAUAUGUACGGUAAGGAGGACCGCAACACGCCUAUGGCCCUUUUCAGCGGCGCCGUCCUCGUCGGGACGGGCCUCGGCCCUCUCACGGCCGGGGUGAUGGUCGAGAGGUGGAGUGAGGGUCAGAGGUGGAAAUGGGUUUUCUGGCACCAAGUUAUCAUGGACUUCGUCUUGAUGAUCGCCGUCGCUGCAUUCUUCAAGGAGAGUCGAGGCCCAGUGCUCUUGUCGAGGAAAGCGAAGGCUCUAAACGGGUGGUAUCAUGAAUUGGAGGAGAGGGGUGUAUUCGGAGUCUCGUUCGGAGGACGGGAUGACGAUCCCGGCGUCGUCGUAUCGGGGCCAGAAGGAUGCGUCCUGGAAGCCGAGAAGCGAGUACAGGCACGCAUAGCGCGAGGCCGCUCUACACCGGGAGAGGGCGUUCAGCUGCAGCGAAUUAGAUGGGUGGUGAAGGCAGACGAGCAGCGGGCAUCAAUUACUACGAUGAUAAAAGUCUCGUUGUUUAGACCGUUCGAACUUCUAUUCACAGAGCCGAUCGUCUUCUUCUUCUCGCUGUGGGUAUCCUUUGCUUGGGCCAUCCUCUACCUCACAUUCGGGUCCAUCCCGCUCGUAUUUCAACGACAGUAUGAAUUCGGCAUCGAGCAAUCCGGCUACGUCUUCACUGCUAUGAUAAUAGGCUCUAUACUUGCAACCACCGUGGGGAUAUAUCAAGAGGGGCUGCUCCAGCAUCCUAGUUGGCAGUCGAGAUCCGAUGGCUCGGAUUCCGAUGGUUCAGGGAGUAGUUCCGGAACGACCGGGGCCCGGACGCUCUGGGAGUCCUUACGGCGAAGAUUUCCCGCCGAGUCGCCCGAAUCGCGGCUAUACUUUACCUGUUUUACCUCGGUCCUGCUCCCGGCUGGCCUGUACCUAUUCGGCUUCGCCUCACAACCGUCUAUCCAUUGGAUGGUUCCUGCCCUGGCAAUAUUUCUUGCCAGCAUUGGCAUCUUUUACAUUUACCUAGCCACGUUCAACUACCUCGCCGAUACCUACCAGACGUACGCAUCUUCUGCACUGGCGGCGCAAUCCUUCUGUCGUAACGUUCUUGGCGGGGCGUUUCCGCUCGUGACGGGACCGCUUAUCCGGAAUUUGGGGGAGAACGCGAUGGGCGGGUUGCUUGGGGCUAUCGCCACGGCCCUAACGGUCGUGCCCUGGGUGCUGGUGCUAUUUGGGGACAAGAUUCGGCGGAGGAGUGCAUUUGCGAUCGUGAGUGUCUUGAAACGAGGUAACAAUCCCGUUGGCCCCGUUGCUAACCACAAGACAGGCGUUAGAGCACAAGAGGGGGGUAUCUAACGUACAGGUGAGCACGCGAAUAUGAGACCCUGUAACGAAACAAGCGCUGCUCAGAAUGGUAUGCCCUUGACCGAGUACUCGACGGGUUGAAUUGCCUUAGGUUAGGUGCCUAUCCGAUAGAGAGCGACGAGAAGCAAUGGAAGUUCGUGGGCUUCUUUUAGAAUAUAUGUUUUUAGCAGUUUCUUUUUUAUAUAGGAGGUAUACUUUCAAUUUCUUUACCUAGGUACAAGGUACCCAAGGUAGGAACAUUAGGUAGGUACCUCCCGUCCUAUGUGGCUCAUAUAUCCCCAUAUAACCUCAGGUACCUCGGUACCUCCCAGAAACAUGAUGA